UCUCCAUUUCCAUUUUGACUCUGACUUGUCCACUUUCUCCCUUCUUUAACUUUUGAUUCACUCUUUCGCUCUUUCCAUUCUCACGGAUUUGCUCAUACAGGAACACAAGAGCGAAAAACCAUGGCAUCCUUCACUCCCUUCUCACUAUUAUUUCUGCUGCUUCUCCAAAAUCCCUUCCUAUCUCUCUCAUCCAACUCCGAAGGGAAUGCACUGCAUGCUCUGAGAAGCAGGCUUUCUGACCCAAACAACGUGCUUCAGAGCUGGGACCCAACCCUGGUUAAUCCCUGUACUUGGUUCCAUGUUACCUGUGACUCCAACAAUCACGUUAUUCGCUUAGACUUGGGCAAUUCUAACAUUUCUGGAACUCUGGGCCCAGAACUUGGCCAGUUACACCAUCUCCAGUACCUGGAACUCUAUAGGAAUGAAUUAUCAGGAAAGAUUCCUGAGGAACUUGGCAAGUUGAAGAAACUUAUUAGCAUGGAUUUGUAUGGUAACAAAUUGGAGGGGAGAAUCCCAAAGUCAUUUGGCAAGUUGAAGUCACUUAAAUUCCUGCGGCUAAAUGAUAACAAGUUGUCAGGAACAAUACCAAGAGAACUCACUCAUCUUAAGAAUCUCAAAAUCUUUGAUGUCUCUAAUAACGACCUCUGUGGAACAAUACCAGUAGAUGGCAACUUCGGAUCUUUCCCAAUGGAAAGCUUUGAGAACAACAGACUUAAUGGUCCUGAGCUGAAAGGACUAGUUCCCUAUGAUUUUGGAUGCUGAAGCAAGAUAGAAUUGGCAAACCCUCAUCAUAAACUGCAAUUUUCAAUCUUCAAUGAGAGGCUAACUAUCAGAAAUAUAUGCUUGACCAGAGAAUGUAUCAAAGAAUGUCGUAGUUGCAUGUUGAACUUUAUAUCUAAUUGGAUGAUUGUACCACUGUCUCUAGUUGCAACUAUCAUAGCAUAGUUUUAUGCCAAGAAUGUUAUAAAAAAAAAUCAACAUAGUAAAUUGUUUUAUUCCCCCAAUUUUA